AAUAUCUUUUCAUCGAGAAAGAAGAUCAGAAGGAAAUCAAAUUGUCUUCGAAUCAAAUUAAAUAAGGCGAGUUAGGGUUUUUUUUAAUCACAAGAAGAGGGACCUGCAAUCGUUUGCGAAGAACCAAAGAUGCCGAAGAACAAGGGGAAGGGAGGAAAGAAUCGAAAGAGGGGAAAGAACGAGGCCGAUGACGAGAAACGCGAGCUUAUUUUCAAAGAAGAUGGACAAGAAUACGCCCAAGUCAGCCGCAUGUUGGGAAACGGCCGAUGCGAAGCGAUGUGCAUCGACGGCACCAAGCGUCUCUGCCACAUCCGCGGUAAAAUGCACAAAAAGGUCUGGAUCGCCGCCGGAGACAUCAUCCUCGUCGGUCUUAGGGAUUACCAGGAUGAUAAGGCUGACGUCAUCUUGAAAUACAUGCCGGACGAGGCUAGGCUUCUCAAGGCUUAUGGAGAGCUACCGGAGAAUACGAGGUUGAAUGAAGGGAUUGCUGGCGGCAUCGAUGAGGAAGAUGAUGGUGCCGGUGAUGAUUACAUCGAGUUCGAGGACGAGGACAUUGAUAAGAUCUAGAGUUCUUUUUUUUAUUGUUAUUUUAAAUUUUAUUUUAAGACGUGAUGACGGUUAUGGCAUAUUUUAUGCUUUAUUAUGCACUAUGGAUGCUGGAUUUGUGUUGCAACACAUGGGUUUACCUUCUAUUAUCUUAAUGAUUGUUUACUCUUAAAUUUGACAUGUUUUCA